AUGCUGCAGGCCCAUAUUUUUAUGCAAAACGGAUUUAUGGUUAUCGACGGCUACCGCUUUGUGAUCGGAGCCACUCAUGUGCAUCGGACCUAUUUGAAGUGCGCCAACUUCCUAUUUCUUGCAGAUACAACGAAAUUGGCCCAAUAUGUACGCUCAAAUCGAGGCACCGAUCUCGUGUAUUACGAGGGUAAUACCUACACACCCAACGAAAAGUUGAGGCAGGGCCAGAAGAGCAGAGACUGGAAGUGUUCGAUGUAUCACAAGGCCAAAUGCCGCGCUCGCUUGGUCACAAGGCUUACCCUUGGCGGUGAUAUAAUUCACGUCACCAGCAACCUGCACACUCAUCCCUCGAUGUACACAAACACCCAAAAGACGAAGAAGCAGCCAUGCUUAGAAAGGAAUCCGUUAUGCGUGUCCAUCAGACCCAUGAAGAUGCAGAGCAAAACUUUUUGUCACGGGGAGUGAUCUGGCAGUGGAGUCGGUAUACAAUGCACACGGAAAGCAAAUGGAUUUCAUCCCGAAGAUCUAUUGCAUUCGGGGCAAAGGAAGUCCGUACAGUUGAUGUAUGAUUGGUACGCCUAUGCCAAGAAUAAUAGACACGGCUGCACCACCUAUUG